AUGACAGAGCAAAGAGAAAGAAUAUGGGACGUAUCACACCUCCCUAAGUGGUGGGUAUGGUACGUCUUCAUUGCCCUUCCUGAUGCUGCAAAGUCUUUCGAAGAUGAGAUGAGACAAGCCCUCGAGAUCCUUGAUCCUAAGAAGCCCAAGGGGGAUGGGCACAGUCAUAACGUGUAUGAUGAUUUGAAAUCGGUGCCUAAUGACAGAACUGGUCCAUACGGUCUGGUUGUGACAGUCUAUAUUCGCCCGGGAAGCUGUACCCCUGCAGACCGCAAGGGCCGCAAUAAAAGCGCCAAGUUAAUGAGAACAAAACUGUUACCAAAUAUGCCUAGCACUGAACCAGAUUUCGGUAUUUCAGCCAAUACAUGUAUAAGACGGUCCUCGGCAAUUCUAAGCUUGGCAUUGGAAAGGCUGUUGUCAGACUUCUUUGAGACCCAGAUCCAGUCCCGUAUUCUCAAACGUCCCUACUAG